GGGGGAUCAGAAGCCCAGACCUUGGUGGCCUGGCUCAGGGACAACGGGAAAGCACCACGUUACCCCCACCCCCACCCUGCUCUGCGCUCUGCUCUGCACUGAACCUCUCCACCAAGCCCACCCGAGUCUACUUGGGAAGGCAGACGAGUCCAUACCAGGUGACAAAGAGUUAAGUCGGACCCGCCUAGCAACCCCAAACCACGAAGCUUCUGCGACUAGAAAGCAACAUCCAUCAUUUUGUGAGCUUGGAGUUGGGUCCAGAUGGAGUCCCGUCUGGGCCGCGCAGCUCGCUGAAGCCGCAAAGAACCGCAGCAUCUGACCCUCCCGCCCCAAGUCCCGUCCCCACGGGACAGGGGACCCUGUGUGGACCAACUGAGGCCAAAGCACAGAGCUGGACCCAAGAUAAGGCAGGAAAUCGGCCUGACCGCCAGGGUGCUAAAGGCUCGACCCAGGCUGCGGAUGCAGGGGAGCGUUGCUAGGAGACAAGGUGAGCCCUAGAUUCUUUGGCGCGUGGCACCCCCCGCCCGCUGCAGCUAGGAUGCCGACGCAGCGCUGGGCCCCUGGGACUCAAUGCAUGACCAAGUGUGAGAACUCUCGCCCCAAGCCCGGUGAGCUAGCCUUUCGAAAGGGUGACAUGGUGACCAUCUUGGAGGCCUGUGAGGACAAGAGCUGGUACCGAGCCAAGCACCACAGCAGUGGGCAGGAAGGACUGCUGGCCGCCACUGCUCUGCGACAGCGGGAGGCCCUCUCCACAGACCCCAAGCUCAGCCUCAUGCCAUGGUUUCAUGGCAAGAUCUCCGGCCAGGAAGCCAUACAGCAGCUGCAGCCACCUGAGGACGGGCUGUUCCUUGUGAGGGAAUCAGCUCGUCACCCUGGAGACUAUGUUCUGUGUGUCAGUUUCGGCCGUGAUGUUAUCCACUACCGUGUCCUGCAUCGCGAUGGGCACCUCACCAUCGAUGAGGCCGUGUGUUUCUGUAAUCUGAUGGACAUGGUGGAGCACUACACCAAGGACAAGGGGGCCAUCUGCACCAAGCUGGUGAAGCCAAGGAGGAAACAGGGUGCAAAGUCUGCAGAGGAGGAGCUCGCCAAGGCUGGCUGGCUGCUUGACCUGCAGCAUCUGACUCUGGGAGCACAGAUUGGAGAGGGGGAGUUUGGAGCUGUCCUACAGGGUGAGUACCUGGGACAGAAGGUGGCUGUGAAGAAUAUCAAGUGUGAUGUGACAGCCCAGGCCUUCCUGGACGAGACGGCUGUGAUGACGAAGCUGCAGCACAGGAACCUAGUGCGACUCCUGGGUGUGAUCCUGCACCAUGGCUUGUACAUUGUCAUGGAGCACGUGAGCAAGGGCAACCUGGUGAACUUCCUGCGCACGCGCGGCCGUGCGCUUGUGAGCACCUCUCAGCUUCUGCAGUUUGCUCUUCAUGUUGCUGAAGGCAUGGAGUACCUGGAGAGCAAGAAGCUGGUGCACCGGGACCUGGCUGCUCGAAAUAUCCUGGUCUCUGAGGACUUGGUGGCCAAGGUCAGUGACUUUGGCUUAGCCAAGGCAGAGCGCAAGGGGCUGGACUCAAGCCGGCUGCCAGUCAAGUGGACAGCACCUGAGGCUCUCAAAAACGGGCGCUUCUCCAGCAAGUCGGAUGUCUGGAGUUUUGGGGUGCUGCUGUGGGAAGUCUUCUCAUAUGGAAGAGCCCCAUACCCCAAGAUGUCACUAAAGGAGGUUUCAGAGGCUGUGGAGAAGGGUUACCGCAUGGAGCCCCCCGAUGGCUGCCCAGGCUCUGUGCACACCCUUAUGGGCAGCUGCUGGGAGGCAGAGCCCGCGCGCCGACCACCCUUCCGCAAAAUAGUGGAGAAGCUGGGCCGUGAGCUCCGCAGUGUGGGUGUCACGGCCCCCGCCGGGGGACAGGAGGCUGAGGGCUCAGCUCCCACACGGAGCCAGGACCCCUGACCCCUGAAGCAGAAAGCAAGAGGACAUAGAUGCAGGGUCACAGAGCCAGGAUGAGCCAGUGCAUGGGCUCUGCAGCCCUUGGGACCCCCCCAUGCCUGGGACACCCCAUAAAGAACAAUUGGAAGGAUUUUGUACAACUGUC